AUUGCGUCACUUCCUCCGCCCCUGCAGCAAGGGAUAAGAAACCCCUCGGCAAGACCUCCUUCUUUUCCAGGCGGCUGCCGAAGAUGGCGGAGGGGCAGGUUCUUGUGCUGGAUGGACGAGGCCAUCUUCUGGGCCGCCUGGCGGCCAUUGUGGCCAAACAGGUCCUGCUGGGCCGGAAGGUGGUGGUUGUACGCUGUGAGGGCAUCAACAUUUCUGGCAAUUUCUACAGAAACAAGCUAAAGUACCUGGCCUUCCUCCGCAAACGGAUGAACACCAAUCCUUCCCGUGGUCCCUACCACUUCCGGGCUCCAAGCCGCAUCUUUUGGCGCACCGUUCGAGGCAUGCUACCCCACAAGACCAAGCGAGGCCAGGCUGCCCUGGAACGCCUCAAGGUGUUCGAUGGGAUCCCCCCACCCUAUGACAAGAAAAAGCGGAUGGUGGUCCCCGCAGCCCUCAAAGUUGUGCGUCUGAAGCCUACCCGGAAGUUUGCUUACCUGGGACGUCUGGCUCAUGAGGUUGGCUGGAAAUAUCAGGCUGUGACUGCGACCCUGGAGGAGAAGCGGAAGGAGAAGGCCAAAAUCCACUACCGGAAGAAGAAGCAGCUCAUGAGACUGCGGAAGCAAGCUGAAAAGAAUGUGGAGAAGAAAAUCAGCAAGUUCACAGAGGUCCUCAAGACCAAUGGACUCCUGGUGUGAGCCCAAUAAAGACUUUAUGCCUCA